GACAUAAUUUUGCACAUUGUUAAAAAUGCGUCGAGUUCGUGUUAAGCGGCCAAAGAGCAUAUCUGUCAUAUUGCGGGAGGCUGUGAAUGACUGUGUUCCUGCUGAAUUUCUUCCAUAUAGGGAUGAUGUUAUAAACUAUUUGAGCAACCAUGGUGAGGAAUUUAAACCAACUGAGCAUUGGCUGACCCGUCUUUGUGAUGGUACUUUAAGGACUACUACUGCACCGAAACGUUCCAAGGCAUUUCACGGUUCAUCUGACCAUGAAGGUCACAUAACUGAUUCUGGCGAUUCCCCUAAUAGCAACUUGCCAUCACAAAGUUCUAAAAAUGACAAAUGCACUGUACAGUCUGAAACUAAUAUUAACGACAGUCAAGCUGUGUCGGUGCAUAUCGGAUCUACGGUCACUAAUCCAAGUUCUUGUGAAUCAGUUAUCGACUCUCCGGCUAUAGCCACAGGAUUUCGUUCAGUGGAUCCAGUUAUUGCCUCUAGUUCAUUGGAUAAUGAAAUAUGCGCGAGUACUGUUACAUCCGAUGGAGUCAAUCUAUCUACUAUGGAACCCGUUACACCUUCUGAUAGCACUGGUGGUACCUGUCUCGCUUCCACUGCUAAGGGUGAUGGCAGUGCUAUUCCCAAGGUGCGUAUCCAUUUAAAGCUAUCUCGUUGCCGCAGUAUUGGUAAGGGUAGCGACGGCGGUUCAUCGGGUGCCGGUGAUGACAUUAGCGGUAGCGCCGUAUCGGUACCUAAUACCAGCGACGAUGCUAAGGCUUGUAAUAAGCGUUUAAACGAUCGUAAGUUGAUGUGGCCAUUGAACUGCUGGAUAUGCCGGGAGCCUAUAGACCGUAUAUUUCCAUACAUUGUAUGUAACUCCGUAUGCAAGCGCGUGUACCACACGCAUUGUGAGGACCGUGUCAGCAUUAAAUUACGCUUCCCAUUGAAGCCUAUAGAGGAGGAUGCAGACACGGGCGCUGUCAACAGCACUACGGACAAGCAAGUGCCUGCAGCCUCAGUGAGCGUAGGGGAUAAAGCGCCUUCGACGACUUUGCCUACCGGCGCAUCACCUCCGAUGUCUGCAUCCAGUGACAAGGAUGAUAUAUAUUCCGACCGCGAAUCACCUUCAAACAGCAAUACCGUAUCCUGCAUGUCGUCAACAGGUCGUCCCUCCAUUGACUCCGUGGAUACUACUCAUAACGAUAUGCCUGCAGUGCCUAAGGAAACUAAUUCUGUAGGAACCCUCCCUGGAGAAGUUGAUGAUCCUUGUGAGUAUGAGGAAGGUGACUGGCGUAAGCUUGUGAAGUCUUCCACUGGUUGGGUCCGUGUUACACGAAACUGUGUAUAUCGUGAGUGUACAUUCUGUAUGAAUUCACUUGGUGGUUGUUCUGCAUGUUUCCAGUACGUCCCAAUGGACAAAUUAAUUCGUUGUUUGAUCGAGGACUGCACCAGUGCAUACUGCUAUCCAAAAUGUCUACGCAAGGUGCGUACCAUAGUGCCUGACAUGCGAAGUAUUAAUUUACACCGUCUGAUAUACGGUGAUGUAAAUCGGUUGUUGGAUACUAAAGGACGCCCCGUUUUCAUUUGUCACUCUCAUGCUUGUUGGAGUUGCUACGACUCCGAGCGUUACUCUUACAUCUGGGAGACUUUAUGGCGUCUUGAGGCCAAUCGAUUUGAGGGUGACUAUAUGUCCAAUAUAUGGAAGAACUUGAAGCGCACGUGCCGCGGCAAGGUUGAGGGUUCAUAUUUUGCCAAGGGUAAGCGUAUAGCGAGGCCUCCAUUAUAUCCCGACAUUCGUGGUUACAAGAGUUACAUAAGCUUCCGUCGUAUUAAGUUACAUGGCAACCCGAAUUUCGUCACUGGUGCACUCUAUCCACCUUCUGAUGACGAGGAUUUUGAGAAAUUCGACCGUGUAAGCGUGAAUGUCUUACUUCGUUGUGUUCGUUGUGAGCGUACUUGGUGUACUGGCUGUUUACAUCCCGAUGUACGCCUGUUACAACACUCUGGUAAACAGAUUAUAUGUCACGAUUGCUUCCAUUUAGAGAAACUGACACCUGGCUUACCUCGUCAUCGACGUAGGAAUCCACAAGAGAGCAGCGGUCCUGCUGAAAAUAGCCAGACCCAGUUCAGUACGCAUCCCCGUGAUAUCUAUAACAUGAUGUUAUCUCAUCUAUAUACCCAUGAGGUAUACCGCAGCAAGGUAGCCAUGGACCCUGUGUUCCUUGAUCCCACUACUAUGUACCCUGCAACUGAUGUCGUUUCCACUCAGGAAGUUGGUCAACGCAAGUAUCGAAGGAACAAUAAUGCAUCCAAUGGAGAUCCAAACUCCUCUGGAAAACAAAGUGCACGGAGUGUUUCCAAGGAUAUGGCACCAAAUGGAGCUGAGAAUAGUACCACUCCCAAUAGGUCUCUGACAGUAAAGCUAUCCAGUGCCAGCAGGAAUAAUGCAACUAAACCUGAGGGUGCACCUCCAGACACUGAGGACUGCUCCGAUGAUAUAUUAUCCAGGCUAUCCAAGCGCGGUGAAGAUAUUUGCAGCACUGAUGUGAAGAACCAGUUGCGCGGUUACCUUGACAGACUCCGGUGCAAGGAGUUCAACACGAUUAUUCGUGACAUUGAUCCCGUGGAUAUCUUGAGGCUGUGUAGUGAAUUUAGGUACAUGACCUCGAACGUUGUGAGCGAUGAGUCAUUCAAGACACUGGUUAGUGAGGCUCCAUAUGGCCGCUGCAGCUGCAGCACUUCGUGUAUAACUGGUUGUAUCAAUAAAUCCAACUUCGUCGAGUGCACCAGUGUAAACUGUGGCCUCGGCGAGCUCAACUGCGGCAACCGUCGCUUUAAAAACAUGGGCAUACCAAAACUACGUUUACGUACUGUUCCUGGCAAGGGAAUAGGCGCCUUUGCCACUGACUUCAUCCAAAAGAAUGAGCUUGUUUGUGAGUAUGUCGGCAAGAUGAUAAGCCAUGCUGAAUUCCAGAGUUGUGUAAGCAGCUGGAGUUUUGCUGAGUUGGAUGACGCUAACAACAGCCACUGGUACAUAAUGAAGGUCCACAAGGAUGUAUACAUCGAUUCCACCAACAUGGGCAAUGUAGCCAGGUUUAUUAACCAUUCAUGUGACCCCAAUUGUGUGAGUGUACCCUAUAAAGUAAACGGUACAUUCCGCAUGGGUGUGUUUGCUCAGCGUCCCAUAUUAAAGGACGAGGAGGUAACCUACAACUAUGGCUUCAGUUCCCGUGGUGUUGGUAUUGGUUUCAGGUGCCUAUGUGGCGCCGACAACUGCAAGGGUAUGGUCGGCGUAGUUGCCGACAGUACAACUUCGACUCUCGAGGGGAUUGAGAAUACGAAAUACGAGGGCAAGGAGAUCGAGACCUUGACGCAGCUAAUGUUUGACAUGUGCUCGUUAUAUAGCUCCACUAAGGACGCUCAUUGUAUAAAGUCUAAACCGUCUCCAGUCGACAUACUCAAUGGCAUCUGGACUUCUGGCGACCUGUAUCGUUAUGAACGAUCUCAAACUCUAUUACGUCUACGUGCUGAAUGUGACGUGGAUGAAGGUUCGAAGUUACCUCCCAGUCCCAUAGCUCCCUUGUUGGCUGACAAUGCAAUUAUGAAUCAUGCAUUGCUGAACUACUGCAAGUUAAUGGUUAUGGGUGGCUACUGCAUGAAGGAGUGGGAUUUAUGUAACACCAAGGAUUUUGCUGCUGGCAUUCCAUGGUCAAUAGUGGCUCUGGAGAAUAACGAAAUCAGCUUACUUCGUGCUUUAGAGUCAGGUUGUGCAUUCCCUGAUUUCUACUAUAGUGCCAAGCGAUUCAUCCAGCGUGUAUCCAUGGUACAAUCUAGGCGCUAUGGUGGCAUUCAGGGUUGCGAGAACUUACAGCGUCUUAUGGAUCUCACUUGGGGUGCCACUGAGUGUUGUUAUGUAUGCUCGGGCUAUGGUGACUGCAAGAACUGUGACCACUGUGGUGAUGUGCUGCACGAUGACAAUGCUUGUGGUGACUUCCACGUGGAUCAAUCUGGCAUGAAUCUAUGUAACAUGUGUCAGAACAGCAGCCACCGUCUAGAUUGGCUACUGGCCAGUGAUAUUGUUCGGGAACGAUUAGCCAUGCGUUUAUGGCAGUUGCGCAUGGAUCGUGAUUAUGGUCACUCUCGUGAGAUAUUGCGUAACAUAGUUCAGCGGAAGUCGGUUAUAACUCCAGCAAUUCGACAUGCUGCCUUGGUUGAAGACACAUCACCUGAGCGAUUUGCCAAUGCUUUAACUCAGUUUACUGUUAAUCCGGAACACGUCUUCUGUACUAAGCGUGAAGUCGAGCGUUAUUCUAAGAGUCACGUUGGUUUCAUUGAUGGCCAAUCACGUUACCACGUGAUGUGUCAGAACGCCAUUGGCAAUUACGAGUGCUUCUGGUGAGUCACGAUUUGAUGAACUGUUUGCAACAUUGUUAUAACUUGU